ACAGGAAGUGGCUGUGGUGGCCGAAACCCAGAGACGGGGAGAGAGAAAAUGGGCGAGGGAGCCCGCGGCCGCCGCAGCCCACGGUCCCCCGCGGUCGGCCCCCUCCGACUUGGGUCCCCAGAGUCGCACGGCUCCCGGGCAGCCUUCCCUUCGCCGGGCUACCGUCUCCGGAGCCAGCUGCUGCCUGCUGCUGCUUCACCCCGAGAGGGUCUAAGGAGCGGGAGAGGGGAGAGGCCGGGGCAGGAGCGGCAGACAGGAGAGAAGAAACGGGGCUACAGACAAGAGAAAAGCUUUAGAAGAGACCAAAGCCUACACAACCCAGUCCCUAGCUAGUGUUGCUUAUCAAAUAAAUGCAUUGGCCAACAAUGUUCUCCAACUGCUGGAUAUCCAAGCCUCUCAGCUCCGGAGAAUGGAGUCUUCCAUCAAUCAUAUCUCACAGACCGUGGACAUUCAUAAAGAGAAAGUGGCUCGAAGAGAGAUUGGUAUUUUGACAACAAAUAAGAAUACAUCAAGAACUCACAAAAUAAUAGCACCUGCAAAUAUGGAGCGCCCUGUAAGGUAUAUUCGGAAACCUAUUGACUAUACAGUUCUGGAUGAUGUGGGCCAUGGUGUCAAGUGGCUAAAAGCCAAGCAUGGAAAUAACCAGCCUGCAAGAACUGGCACGCUGUCGAGAACAAAUCCUCCUACUCAGAAACCACCAAGUCCUCCCAUGUCAGGCCGGGGAACGUUGGGACGGAAUACUCCUUACAAAACCCUGGAACCUGUUAAACCCCCAACAGUUCCUAAUGACUACAUGACAAGUCCUGCUAGGCUUGGAAGUCAGCAUAGUCCAGGCAGGACAGCUUCUUUAAAUCAGAGACCGAGGACACACAGUGGGAGUAGUGGAGGAAGUGGAAGUCGAGAAAACAGUGGAAGCAGCAGUAUUGGCAUUCCAAUUGCUGUCCCUACACCUUCACCACCAACCAUUGGACCAGCAGCCCCGGGCUCAGCUCCUGGUUCCCAGUAUGGCACAAUGACCAGGCAGAUUUCUCGACACAACUCUACCACUUCCUCGACAUCUUCUGGUGGAUACAGACGAACUCCCUCUGUGACUGCUCAAUUUUCUGCUCAGCCUCAUGUUAAUGGAGGCCCACUUUAUUCUCAGAAUUCAAUUUCCAUUGCUCCACCCCCUCCCCCUAUGCCUCAGUUGACUCCACAGAUACCUCUCACAGGCUUCGUGGCCAGGGUGCAGGAAAACAUUGCUGACAGUCCAACUCCACCACCCCCACCUCCACCAGAUGACAUUCCCAUGUUUGAUGACUCUCCACCUCCACCUCCACCACCUCCAGUGGAUUAUGAAGAUGAGGAGGCUGCAGUAGUUCAGUAUAAUGAUCCAUAUGCAGAUGGGGAUCCUGCUUGGGCCCCCAAGAAUUACAUUGAGAAAGUUGUGGCAAUAUAUGAUUAUACAAAAGACAAGGAUGAUGAGCUAUCGUUUAUGGAGGGUGCAAUCAUUUAUGUAAUAAAGAAGAAUGAUGAUGGCUGGUAUGAAGGAGUCUGCAAUCGAGUGACUGGUCUGUUCCCUGGGAACUAUGUUGAAUCAAUCAUGCACUAUGCUGAUUAAUUUUUUUUUUUUUUUUGCUUUUAAAGUAGGUUAUUAUUACUCAGUCAUACUGUGGGACUAUUACGGUUAACAGAAUUGUCUUCAAAUGUUCCCAUAUUUUUAGGACAUGCUCUUUUAUUAGUAUAAUUGAAUGUCUACCUAUAAGCAUACAUCUUUGAGGCAGAUUGUGUAUUGCUAAACAGCAAUUUAUACAAGAGGCUGUCCACAACUGAUUAUGCUUUAUAUAAUUACUUACAUUGUUAACUUUAUGACCAGCCUAAAUAUUGUGGGGGUGUAGGGUAUAAUAUUUAACAAAUGAUUCCAAUUGUGCCAUUACAUGUUUCAGUGCAGCAUGGUUACUAAUGCUAUGUCAGACUAAUAUUAAAAUCAGAAAACUUAAAUGCUGGUGCUGGUCAUGCUUUUUAGACUCUCAUUCUUGAAAUAUACUAUUUGUUUAAAGCAUGCAUACAAAUUUAUGUAUUGAAAUAUACUUUAAAAAUCCAAGGCGCUUCCAGUUUGUGUAAUAUUUACUUGGAGUACUCAUACUUAAAAUCUGUUGAAAUGAAUUGAGUCUCUGAGGGUCUCCUUGUGAAACAAAACUAACAAAAAAGGGGUUAUCUGUAAUGUGGGUAAUUUGUACCUAGGUUUUUUAAUGAGUGAAUUUGCAUUAUAAAGUUUUUCCAUUCAUAAAUAAGUGAACAAAAGGUUUUUGUCCUUUCCUUCACUUGUUUGCUUUAAAAAAUAAAUAAAAGAUACUGAUUUAUUGCAAAUUUGGUUCUGUUUUCUCAAUAUUAUCCUAGAAAAAAUAUUUUAGCCUUAUCUCAACCUGUCCCAACAGCAAUGGCUGAUUUUUGCAGAUUUAAGACCUGAGAUGGUCAUUUACAAGUCAGUAGGACUAAAUCCUUUUCUAAAGUAACUUUUCAAUGCUGAGAAAAUGUGUCCAAAGUGUGCACAUUCUGUAAAUAAAAUUCCCACGGAUUGCUGAGUCUUUCUGUUUUCCAGUGGACUGUUGUAUACUGGUUCAAUGAAAGGAAAUUAUCUUUUACAUAUUUUUUUUGUAGAAGUGGGUGCAGCUGAUUUUUGAAUAGGCACUAUUUAACCCAUUACCUGGCACUAGCAACAUAAAAGGAUUUUAAAAAUUACAAAAUUGGGAAAAAAGAUGGGUCAUAUAUUAAUUGGUGAGCAGGGAUAUAUCUGACAAUAGAUUUGUAUUAUCUUUUGACAUAAUUGAAAUGCAAUACAUGCACUUUGUCUCCUUUUAAUUUGAGGGUUCGAGGGAUAUUGUUCUCUUAUCUUGUGUAUAGUUCUAUAUUGCCUAGGAUAUUAUAGAGCACUCGAAUGUGGGUUUUUGUGUAUUGAAGAUUUGUUUGGAUUUCACAUCAGUUAUGUAUUGGCCGUUAGACUUUAAACAGCAUAGUAAAUGGUAAGACUAGUGCAAAACAUUUCUGAAAAUUAAAGACCAUUAUUGCUACCAACUCAAUAUGACUGUUGCAUAUGCAUUCUCCCUGUUAAUUUUAAACAUGAUUUCAGUACCACUAGUGACCAGCUAGCAACUUUCAUUUUUCCAAGUGGAAUGUUCUCUUAGUUUUGUGUAUAUAACCUGUUGUCUAAAUUUUAUGUACAGUCUUUUAUAAUAAACCAUUCUCCUAUAUGAAAUUUUGGAUACUGUUAAAACCUAAUGUGGACUGAAAUGUAGACUUCAUGGUUUUGUGACCUUUACUCCUAUGGUGAAACAAGAUAAACCAUUUGAAUUUUAACAUUA